UCUGAAACUUGCAUUUCCCAGACCCAUCCUAAUGCCAGCAAACUGCCCUUAAAGGAUUCUUUCACUUAUGACGACUACAGAUGGGCGGUUUCCUCUGUUAUGACGCGGCAGAACCAGAUUCCAACAGAAGAUGGUUCCAGAGUUACAUUGGCUCUAAUACCUUUAUGGGACAUGUGUAAUCAUACUAAUGGACUGAUCACUACAGGCUACAAUUUAGAAGAUGACCGGUGUGAAUGCGUAGCACUUCAGGAUUUCAAGGCUGGAGAACAGAUUUACAUUUUUUAUGGCACUCGGUCAAACGCUGAAUUUGUGAUCCACAGUGGUUUUUUCUUUGAUAAUAAUUCACAUGACAGAGUGAAAAUAAAGCUUGGCGUGAGUAAAAGUGACAGGCUGUAUGCUAUGAAGGCAGAGGUCUUAGCUCGUGCUGGUAUCCCAACUUCUAGUGUUUUUGCUUUGCACUCUACUGAGCCUCCAAUCUCUGCCCAGCUUUUGGCUUUCCUUCGAGUGUUUUGUAUGAGUGAAGAAGAGCUGAAGGAACACUUGAUAGGCGAGCAUGCUAUUGAUAAAAUCUUCACUCUGGGGAACUCUGAGUUUCCUGUUAGUUGGGACAAUGAAGUUAAACUUUGGACAUUCCUAGAAGCCAGAGCAUCCCUUCUGUUGAAAACCUAUAAAACAACUGUGGAGGAUGAUAAGUCCUUCUUGGAGACCCAUGAUCUUACUUCACAUGCGAUAAUGGCUAUCAAAUUGCGUUUAGGUGAAAAAGAGAUCUUGGAGAAAGCAGUGAAGAGUGCAGCUGCUAGCCGAGAGUAUUAUACCAAACAAAUGGCAGAUGGAGCUCCGCUUCCUAAAUAUGAAGAGAGCAAUAUUGCCUUGUUGGAGAACACUGUGGCAGACUCUAGACUCCCUAUUGUCUUGAGAAACCUAGAAGAUGUGGAAGAGCAAGGGGACUUAAAGAUCGAUGAAGCUAUUGAUGCUGAAGUCACAGAGAAUGGGUUUGUAAAUGGUGAAAACUCUCUAUUUAAUGGGACCAAAUCAGAAAGUGAAAAUCUAAAUAAAGAGAAAAGCAACAGAGAGACUGAAGAUGCCAAAGAAUCUUCUUCAGAAAGUACUGAUGAGGUUAAAGAAUAGUCCUAAAAUUUUACUUUCUUGUGAAAUUAAAUUAGCUGAAGUUUAUGAACAGUGCAUUUAUGUUGGUGUGUUUCUUUGUUAACACUUCUCUUUCUGCAGAGAAAAAUGUUUUUGCUGCUUUAUAUAAAAAUGAAUUUUUAAGUUAUUUAAAAGAUUUAGCAUCCCUUUUCAAUUAAGAUUGCCAUCUUGCUUUCAGGCAAAAACUGGUGAAAGAGGUGCCUUUGGAAGAUUUUGCAGCCCUUUGUUGAACCAAAUGUAUUUUCUUCCUGGGGAAGAAUUAAGCUCUUCUAUCUGCUGUGCUUUUGUUGUUCUGUCACUCUGACUACCGAAAUUAAAAGCUUGCUCUGCCUCCUGCCAAGAAAAGCAGAAGGCAGGACUGACUCGGUAUUCAGCAUGAAGGUGGGAGAGCAGUACAGCAGAAAACUGGAUAAGAGGAUCAGAAACUUGGGAGACUGGAGGAAAACCUGUUUAAAAUCAGGUAUGCCAGUCCAGAAAAAGGUAAGGUGGCAACCUUAUGAUUGGUAGUUUUAAAUGUUGAUGAGAAUCCAAAUUGUAUACACUUAAAGUGAUCUCUGAAGAUUUCAGUUUACUUUGUCUUUUGUUUACUGUAUAAAAAUAUCUCAUCUUUCUUCUUCAGUCAGAGUUAGGCUGCUACAAUACAACAUUCACCAACUUUUAAAGGCUGACUUCUUUUUAUUUCCAGGCGGUACCUUUUAUUUACAAGGUUGGCAGUGCUACUGGAGAGUUUGAAAGCAGAUAGGCCAAGCUACAGCUUUAAACUGUACUGUUCAGAGUGAGGUUGCUUCCCAGCUUCUUCAGGUUUUCACAACUAGCUGAAAGCUACACUUUUGACUAAACCAUUAUUAAAGGAAAAUAUGAUUAAUAUUCCUGUCUGCUACUCCUUCAUUUCUGUGUGGUCGGAUGUAACAUUGGAUGUGACAUGGUUACCUGAUCUUACUCGACUUUGUCUUUUGGUUAAGAUACUAAUCGAUGCUGUUUUCUUGAAGGAAAUGGCAGGCAGGCUAAUGUAUUUUUGGCCCAAGUCCAGACCACAGCCAAGUCUGAAAUACGCUUUGCCAUUUAGAUCAUGUCUCCGUCUGGUGCACGUUUCUUGGGAUACCUCUGCAAGUUAAGCAGGUCUACUGUCUCCAGCAGUUACGGUCACCCUCAUACUGUAUGUUUUAACUUCUAGGUGGAAACAAUACAAUCAUAGCAUAGUGCAAUAUCAGAACAAGGGUAAUUCCAAGGCUUGACUUUGAAAUUACCUGGGUAUUGGGAGGAAAGGAGGGUGGAAUAUUUUUAUUUUGUAGGUGAAUGGAGAGGGGCAUAAAGUGAUUUAAUUCUGUUCUCAAGGACUCUGUCUUUUACCUUUGUAAAGUUAAGUUCAAGAUAAUGGCUAGAAUGCAGAAGCUUGGACAGUAGUUUAAAGCUCAAUCCAAGAUCAGUUGCAGUAAAAUGUCUUCUGGCAUAUUCAUAGUUUUAUUAGACUUUGCUUCUUUUAUACUGCAGCUUGGAAAAUGUGUUUUUGCAUAAAUCUUUGGUGCAAUACACAUGAUAAGUAGUGACUUUCUUUCAGGUUGUCAUAGCAGUUUUGGUGUUCAGCUAGUAUCAGUGCGGGGAAAAUAGGAAACAUAGUUUUUUAAAGAAGUAUUUCACUAAGAAUGGCACGUUGCCAUUGCACCUUGGAUAUUGCUUCACCACUAACAAGAUGCUGGACCAGUAUUUUUGUAACUAUAUGCUGCCUUUGGUAGAAUGUUAUGAAUUGUUGUCUUGACAGUUUAAAUGUCAUGCAAGAGUCAUUACAUUUCGGUUUUUAUUAGGACCAAUAUUCCAUUUCUGUUUCUGCCACUUACAUUGCACAACAUUGUACUAGAUACUAUGAUGCAAUUCUGAAACUAGCCUUCCCUGAAAAUUAUAACUGUAACUCAUAAUUUAAAUGCUUUGAUUCAGUCUGAUACACUGUAUUUUGUUCCAGUGUUUGCUGAUAUCUAUGGCUUAGCAAAGCCUGUGGUCACCACGGGAC